GAAGGCACAUGUGUUGGAGCGAUUAGAGGUGAGCAAAGAUUAAGCAAAUUGCCCCUGAUGUUCCCUGCAAGGCAUAUGGCUCAAAAUAGACCUUGAGUUUGAGGCACGUUUCAUUGUUGUUGUUGUUGCUGUUGUUGCUACAAGACAGAAGCUGGACUUGAAUAUUCUCCAUUCCAAAAUGUGAAAUUUGGGUAGCAAACAGAAAUGAGUUCAUCACCUCCAAGCAACUCUCUGCAGCCUCAUUCUUCUGAAAGUGGAUUAACCAUGUCAUCUCGGCACCCUCAAGUCACAGAUCCAAUUACAUCUAAACGUGUCUGUUUUUAUAAGAGCGGUGAUCCCCAGUUCAAGGGUUUUAGGACCGUGAUUAACAACCGCACUUAUAAAACAUUAGAUGCUCUCCUAGACAGCCUGUCAAAGAGAGUCCCUUUACCGUUUGGGGUGAGGAAUAUAACCACCCCUCAAGGAAUUCAUGGAAUUAGCAGCAUCGAAGAGCUGGAAGAUGGAAAGUCAUAUAUUUGCUCUGAUCAAAAGAAAGUAAAGCCCAUUAACCUGGAGGAGGCCAGCAGAAAACCUCUACCAUGGCAUACAACUAGGCCAGUCAGUGCCCGGCGACAUGCCAUGCAGAUAGCAAAACAAAAUCAGUUUCGGACAAUUCGCAGGGAUAACUCUGUGGUGAUACGUACUCCCCGGAAACUUGUGGUAUUCAAAAAUGGGGAUGCGGGGAUUAAGCACACUAUUAUGCUGCAAAGGAAAACCACUCAGAGUUUCGAAGCGCUGCUCGAUCACGUGUCUGAAGUGAUGCAGAUUCCAGUGUUGAAGCUGUAUUCGGCCGACGGAAGACGGAUUGACGGUCUUCAGGCAUUGAUUCUGUGCUCUGGAAUUGUUGUAGCAGUUGGACGGGAGCCAUUUAAGCAAGGGAGAUAUGACCCACAGUCUCAAAGUUUAACCGCUCGACUGCCAGGAAUCUCCAAUCGAGUUCAGCCAAAGCAAGGAAACAAACCACAACAAAGGAACCGUGGCAAAUGGAAGGUUUCUGUUUUGACCAGUCAAUUACCUUGUGCUGGGACGACUUCAACAGUCUACAUCAUACUUUACGGUGAAAGAAGCAAUUCUGGACCAAUCUUUCUUUAUAGCUAUGAAGAAAACGUAUUUAAUAGUGGUCAUGAAGAUGUUUUUGAGAUACAUGCUGGGGAUAUUGGCGAACUGUACAAGAUCCGUAUUGGGCACAGCAAUUCAGGAGAAUUUCCAGGCUGGCAUUGUCAGGAGAUCAGACUGCAGGACCUUUCAACAGAAGAAAUAUUUCAUUUUCCAGUAAACCGCUGGCUUUCCAGAGAUGAGAGUGAUGGUGAAAUCUGCAGAGAAGUUCCUGUUUUCCACAAAGGAUUUCCAGCCUAUCCAGUUUCUGUCUACAAGGUCCAUGUUGUGACAGGAGACCUGUGGAAUGCAGGAACAGAAGCAAAUGUUUAUGUAACUGUCUACGGUGAAAAAGGAGAUACGGGCUCAAGACAACUGCUUAACUCUCAGAAACCCAUAAAAUUUAGAAAAGGACAGACUGACAUUUUUUCACUAGAAGCUGUUCAUCUUGGGUAUCUGGAAAAGGUUGUAAUAGGACAUGAUGGACUUGGAGCAGGCAACGGCUGGUUUCUGGAAAAAGUUGUGGUCAUCGACACCUUAAAGGACAUUGAGUACACAUUUUCAUGUAACAGGUGGCUGGAUCAAGGAGAGGAUGACAGUAAAAUAGUAAGAGAGCUAUAUGUGACAGAUGGAUUCUCAUUUUCUGAACAACAAGAAAUGGAGAUGAAAGCAAAGGAAAUCUGGGCUGCUGAAAGAUGGAAGUUUCAGAAAGGCAAUGUCAUUCAGUUUCACUGCAGACUAACAGGAAGGUUUGUCCGUCUUCAUCCAGAUGGAACAGUGGAUGCCCUUGGAGAUAAGAAGGACAAACAUGGUUUGUUUAAUGUUACUGUGAAAAGAGGCAGCAUACGAAUAUUUCACAGCGUGCAGCAUCAUCGGCUAGCAAUUGCCAUCGACCAGAACAAAGUGACUGCCUUGGACAAUGGAGGCACUUUAUGUGAACUUCAAAUUAAUGUGCUGUCUGAUCGCUCAGUAACUUUAGAAUCAGUCCGAAAUUCAGGAUGUUUUGUCACCUUCAACAAAGAAGGGAACCCCACUGCAGGAGUAGGAGAGAGCUCAGCUCAUUCUGAGAGGCUCGCUAUCCAUGUAAAGGGGGUUCUCCGAGAUGGAGCUAUAAUCCUGCUGAACAGCAGUGUGAGGCAGUCUCUCUGCAUCAGUCCAGAUGGUCAGUGUGUUGGCACCGGCAAGCAAGCUGAAGAAUCUUACCUGCGCGUACAUAAAGUCAGCGGAGGGAUUUACAUGCUAGAGAGCGUUCGUACACCCAAGAUGUUCAUUAGGAUGAAGGAUGGUCAGUGUGAUGGAAUGGGUACCGGUGAUCAGUACUGUCACUUCAAAGUAGACAAGAACUUCCUCAAUGGAUCUUUGAAUUUUGAAUCGGUGAAAUCCACAGGAAUGUACAUUGGGCUUCUUACUGAUGGCCGCGCAAAGCCUCUGGUGUACACCGGAGAAAACAACCUUUCUUUCUAUCCUCAGGUCAUUAAAUUUGGACGGGAAAAACCCACUGGCACCUCGGCAACCAUGGACAAACAUUUCAUGGCAGAAGAGCCACCAGUAAGAAAUCAAUCCAUUUUCAGACCAUCUCCUGUUCCUGCUUCUAAAGAAACCAGAGUAAGGUUCGAGUGUCCUUCAGACUCUGCUGAUGAUAACUGGAAAGUCUGCAUCAUGACUGGCAACAAAGGGACAAAAGCUUUGGUUUUCCUUUGGGUCUAUGGAGACCAAGGAGUAGCAGGACCCAUCAAUCUGAAAAAAAACAAUAAAGACAAACUCUUCAAAGCACACCAAGAAGAUGAAUUUCUGGUGAAAAUUAAGGAUGUGGGUGCAAUUUAUAAAAUAAGAAUUGGCCAUGACGGAACAAGCAGCGAGGCAGAGUGGAGGAACUGCAAAAGGUGUGUUGUAUGUAGUCCUUAUUUACAGCCUGCAGAUGUGAAUGCACAUGCAAAGAAGGAGUGUGAAGUGAAUAUGCAGAAGUGCUGGUACCCUUUGUCGGUAUUUCUCAACCACUGGGUCACAGUGGUAGUUGUGGUGCAGUAUCAAGUCCACAUCUAUACCGGACAUUUGAAUCAGGCAGAGACGCAGUCUCCAGUUUUCAUCUGUCUGUUUGGGGAGAGAGGUGAUUCAGGGCAGCGACUACUUCACAAGUCUGACCAACCCAUCAGGUUUCAGAAAGGGCAGAUGGAUACCUUUCAGCUGGAUGCAGUGUCAUUAGGAAAACUGCAGAGGGUGCUGUUACGCUGUGAAGCUGCAACUAAGUCUCAGUACUGGUAUUGUGAGAAAGUGGUCAUCAAGGAGCCAGAGGAGGACUCGGAGUACAUCUUCAACUGUGAAAGGUGGAUUCCUUAUUCUUCUCAGGGUAUUGUCAAGUCUGACAUAGAACUUCCACUUCAAGAAAUUCGAAUCAGUGUUCAACGAAGUGGAAAGGAACUGGCAAAUGAGGGCGACUGGAAGGUUACAGUUGUGACCGGAGAUUUCCCUUCUGCGGCCACAGAAGCUACUGUCUUUCUUUUUGUUUAUGGCAACAAAGGUGAAUCGGGCCCAAUCAUCCUGGGAUCUGGGAAGCAUCAACUUUUUAAUCCAAAUAGUGCAGACACAUUCCAGGUUAACCUUAAAAACCUCGGAGAGCUUUACAAAAUCCGUAUAGGCCAUGAUAACAGUGGGGAAUCCCCUGGGUGGUUCUUAGAGGAGGUUAUUCUGCAAGAAAUAUUGACAGAAAAAGAGCUCAUCCUUCCUGUCAAAGAGUGGUUAGAUGAAGAAAAAGGAUCUGGAGAUGUAUGGAAGGAGCUGGCCAUUCCACGUGGUAUGAAGAAUGCUCUAGCAGUUGUGGUCUACCAGGUUCAUAUUUACACUGGAGCCAAGCCAGGGGCAGAAACUGACAGUUCAGUUUACAUGAACUUGAUUGGAACUCGAGGAGACACUGGAAAGAGGAGACUCCACAGAUCUGUCAACCAAAAAGUAAAGUUUCAGCAAGGACAGAUUGAUAUUUUCAACAUUGAAGCAGUUUCUCUGGGACAACUGAAAAAGGUCAUCAUCGGACAUGCAGGGGGUGGCCCAGGUAAUGGAUGGUUCCUGGAAAAAGUUGUUAUACAAUUUCAAGAAGAGAAUAGACAACACGAAAGUGUUUUCCUUUGCAACAGGUGGCUGAAUGAAUAUCAGGAUGAUGGAAAAACUGAACGAGAGCUUUUUGCAGAAGGCAAAUUUUUUUAUGUUUUAAUUGUAUUAGGUUACAAGAAAUCAAAAGAAGAUUAUCCAAAAGGAAAAUGGAAAAUCCAAGUGAAAACCUUUCAAGACUCUUCACAGCCUAAAGACAUUAAAGUUACUCUUGUUAUGUACGGUGAAGAAGGGAGAAGUGCUGAUGUUCCUCUUUCUUCCAACCAACCUGGACAUGUCAGUUUUCUUCCUGGAGCAAGAGAUGAAUUUCUGGCAGAUGCUGGAGCUAUAGGUGAUAUAUAUAAGGUGAGGGUCAGCUGUGAUAAGAUGGCAGACUUUGCAGGAUGGCAUUUAAAAUCUAUUCACAUGGAAGAGCUACGCACAGAAAAAGAACUCAAUUUUGACUGUAACUGUUGGCUCGCAAGGAACAUAGAAGAUGCAGAAACGGUGAAAGAAUUUCCCGCGGUGGCAAAGGGCCAACAAGCUCUCCAGGUAAAUCAAUAUCUCGUAUCUGUCCACACUGGUGAAAAGUGGGGAGCUGGAACAUUUUCAAAUGUCUACAUUACCGUUUAUGGUGAACGAGGAGACACUGGAGCACGGAAACUGCAGCACUCCCUAGCUGACGGUCAGAAAUUUCAAAGGGGCAAGGUCGACUUGUUUUCGCUGGAAGCAGUUUCCCUUGGUAAGCUGAAGAAGGUCGUUCUUGGUCAUGAUGGAGAGGGCUAUGGAGCAGGGAUGUAUCUCAGUUUUGUAACGGUGCGAGAGUCCAGGAAGUCACAAAGAGAAGCGGUGUUUCCUUGUUUCAAGUGGCUUGAUCAUCACAUUGGUGACCAGAAGACUGUAUGCAAGAUGAAACUAAUGGGUGAAAGGUCAGUGUCAAACUCUGAGCAAGUCAGUCCAUUUUACAUCUGGAUUUUGCAUGUCAAAGGCUCUGAAAUUCCAAGUGCAGCAGGAGUAAUGCAACCAACAUUCAAGAUCUGCGGGGACAAAGGUUAUAAGAAGCUUAAACUGAAUAUUACAGGACAGAACACACAGCAUAAGCUUGACUUGUCUGAAGUGGGUACAAUAUUAAAGGUGUGCAUUUCCACUAAACCGGAUAACAUGAAGCAAUCAUGGCAGCUUGACACAGUGCAUCUGGAGAACAAGGAAACAAAUGUGGAAAUGCAGUUGAAUUUCAUGUGUUGGUUUAAAGCGACUGAAUGGACGUACAUAGAACUUCCUGCACUUCACCCUAGGCGGGACCCCCUUCCAGUUGUGGAGUAUACAGUCCAUGUGCAUACUGGUGAUGUUAAGAAUGCCGGUUUCUCCGGUCAGGUGUUCUUACGGCUGCAUGGUGAAACUGGAGAUACAGGAAAGCGGUGGCUAACAAAGCUCAAUGGCGAGCCUGGCACAUUUAGUAGGGGACAGGUGGACAUGUUCAAAAUCAAAGCUGUUCAUCUUGGCAAAAUAAACCAGCUUGUUAUCGGGCACAGAAGUCAAAGCAGAGAUGAUUGGUUUCUUGAGAAGGUGAUUGUGGAAGAAGGAGAAAUGCCCACCACAAAACAUAUCUUUGUACACAAUGACUGGAUUGACAAGAGCUCACAGAAGAAAGACUGCUGCAAAGUAGCCAUACUUACUUCAGACGUGAAUGAAAUCUGGCCCAACCCAAUGAGUGAACUAGAGCUUGGACAACAGCAAUGGCAGAUACACAUCAAGUGCUUCCCUGUGCCAGAAUAUACAACAGACCUGUCAGUUGUUGUUUUCGGGACAAAAGGAAAAUCUGCGCCACUGCCUGUGGAGAACCUGGAAGACAAAGCGUUUCAGGUGAACACGGGGGACAUUGGUCAAGUGCUCAAAGUGUCCAUCUGUUCUGCGAACUCCACAUUGAAAAGAAAACUUCAGAUCCAAAAGCUCUGUAUGAAAGACAGCAUUACGAAACAAGAGCUGGGAUUUCACACAACAGACCGGUGGCUGUUUGAGGAGGAUGGGUCAGAGAGCGUGACUGAGCUGGCAGCUGUCAGGCCUGACAGGCCUCCUCUCAGAGAUGUUCUCUACUUGGUAAAAGUUUACAUGGGAGACCUGCCGGCUGCUGACACAGAUGCCAACCUGUUUCUUACUGUGUUUGGACAAAAUGGAGAUACCUCUAUAAGAAAACUGACAAAUCCUGGUUCUCUCCAAAUUUUGCAGAAGGGUCAGGCUUGCAUUUUCCAUCUACGAGCAGUGGAUCUGGGCAUCCUCAGCAGACUGGUCAUUGGACACAAUAAUGCAGGCUAUGGAGCAGGAUGUUACUUGGAAAGAAUUGUUGUGCAGGAGACUGGAGCUGCAGAAACUGAGUUUGUGUUUCCAUGCCAACGGUGGCUAGACAGUGGAACCGGUGACAGAUGGACAGAACGGGAGCUGAAACUUCUUGGGAAAGUCAGGAGAAGCCAGAACAAAAUGACAGAGGAGCCUGGGGGUGUAUGGGAUCUCUGUGUCCGCUCUUUUGGCUUUCAGGACCUCAACACUGAGUCUAACAUACUGCUGGUGCUCUGCUGUGAGAAAGGAAGCAGCACGCCUCAUAUUAUCCCAAAGGAAUCUCUCAGAAAUAUACAAAUGUACCAGAGUGUGAUUGAAAUGGACCCAAAACAUGGAAUUCUAAAAAAAGUGAGGCUUUAUAUGGAUGGCAGCGCAAUGGGAGCAACUUGGCAUUGCAUUGAGGUGAAACUAAUACACAGGGCAACACAAGUGUGCUAUGAGUUUCCUUUCUGUACAACUCUGGAAAGAGACUUUGAGAACUCAGUGACAGAGCUGCCAGUCAUCAGGAGCACAUCCGACUUUCUCACUGUGAAAGAGUAUAUUUUAACAGUAACAACUGGGGCAUCACCACAGUCAGGUACAGAUGCGGAAGUGUGUGUCACACUCAGAGGAUCAUUAGGAGACACUGGAAAAAGGAAAUUGAACAGAAGAGGCGAUUCAUGUUUUAACUCUGGAAAGGUGGACGUCUUCAGACUGGAAGCAGUGGACCUUGGGGAACUGCAGCAGCUUGAUGUGGAAAAGGGAGAGGGAACUGACUGGUAUCUGGAGACCAUCAAAGUGAAAGAGGGGACAAGCAGUGGGAGAGAAGCAAUAUGUAAUGUUCAGUCCUGGCUAAAGGGUGAUGGCAGUACCACAUCAGCACCUGUGACAGCAUUUCAAGACAAUCCUAGCAUGACAGGCCUACCUCUUGGGAGCCAGCAGAUAAAUUCACAAGGAUUAUGGAAGAUAGACUUAGUUGAACACAAAAAAGAGACUGUAAAGACUUCAGAAGCAGCUUUGGACCUAACUAUUGUGCUGUACGGGACACUAGGAAGAUCAAUGCCUUUCAUUCUGAGUGGUGAACAUCACAGUGACAACCAGAGAAGAACACAUGAAAUUAAUGUUCCUGAAGACCUGGGUGAGCUGUUUAAAGUCCGUCUGGGAUUCAGCAGUGCUCUGGAUAGAGCAGCCGGAGUAUCUCUCUACUCUUUUAAAAUGCUGAAUCCUCGCACGCUGGAUUCAUUUGUCUGCUGUGUGAAUGAGUCACUGCCCCUAACUUCCAAUGGGGACAGGUGGCUGGAAAUCCCAGUGGAGUGGCCUUUAAAACCUGCUCUUCCACUGCUUGCCUAUCACGUGUCUGUAUUCAGCAGUGACUUUUUUAAUAAAGCCAGCCCAGGCCAGGUUUUAUUGGGCAUUCAUGGGAGCCACGGUGAUACUGGAGACAGGCCUUUGCUGUGGCCUUUGCGGACCCUCGAGCACAAUGACAGCAUCAAGGUUUAUACCUUUGAACUGUUUGCCGUUAUGGUGGGAGAGCUGAGCAAGAUUAUUCUGUCAUUUGUCGGUAAAAAUGGUUUUUCAGUGAAUAUGCGAGAGAUUCAUCUAAGAGAGGCGGCCAAACAAGAAAACGUUUGGGUCUUCCAAGUCAAUGAAGAAUUUUAUGUUGAAAAUGAGGACUCGCCUGUACAUAAAGAAGUUGUUUUGUCAACGGUAAUCAACAAGCAGAAAACAGAGCAAAGUGUGCCAGAAAUCGAGAGCAGGUCAGGAGGGAUAGUCGAAGACACUGAAGAUGUGACAGAACUCUCGAUCCUCGUGUACACAGGAGAUGUCUUGGCAGCUGGGACUGACGCCUCCGUUUUUAUUACCCUUUUUGGUGAUAAAGAAACCUCUGAACCAAUUUUAUUGAAUGCUCCAGAAGAACAAAGAGAUCCUUUUGAAAAAGGCCAGGUCGACACAUUUAAAAUCAAAACAAAGCCAUUGGGAAACUUAAAAAAAAUUGAAAUUGGCCAUGAUGGGAAAAGACUUGGAAGUGGAUGGUUCCUGGAAAAAGUUGAAAUCACCCAACAGACCUCAGGAAUGAAAUACAUUUUCCCAUGCAGCAGGUGGUUGUCUGCAGAAGGAGGGGCCCAGAAAACUACAGUGCAGCUUCAUCUCGGAGAAACCCAAACUGAAAAGUGAACAUAAACAGCAAGGAGCACAAGACAAACGGCAGCAAAAGCCAUCAUGUGUUUCAUGAAUUGUAUAUGUGUAUACACUAUUACAGGACUGUGGGCCUUAGAACUUCAAAACAGUGUCUCAUUUUGUGCACAUUAAUAAUUCUAGUCACUUAUGAAACAUUUGGAAUGCUUGACUUCCAUUAUUGUUAGACUUCAGCCACUUAAAAAUGGAAAACAAGCAUUUUCAAUAGUUAAUGGUGUGUUUUAAGAUGUUGAAAUAUACUGUUUUAUGCUAAAACUGUUAUAAAUUAAUAGGGUUCUACAUAUCGUUAUCUUUAUUGCUGAAAGAAAAGAAAAAAUCUUUUGUCACUUUCAUUCUAAAACUAUCUAUGCAUUAAGAAUGAAGCUCAGAUAGAAUCUAUAGCUUGUGCAAAUUAAGAAAAAGUGGAAUUAAAUUUUUGUGGCAGAUCAGCAAAUUUAAUGGUCGAGCUGCUGAUGUGAUUAUAUGAUUGCUAUAAAGUUCAGCCAUAAUCAGAAAUAAAUGUGAAAUGCUGUCUAAAAAAUUAUAUUAAAAGGCAAAAUCCAUUACCUUAAUUAGAAAAGAAGUGUAAAAAAAAAAAAACUUUUUUCUCUGUUAAAGCAGUAGAUAUUUUGAUAUAAUGUUAAAAGACAGAGUCAGAUCUGUUGAAUGAAGUCAUUAUUAAACCAGUAAUUUAGACCAAUACAUGUAUUUAUGUUUCCUCUCUG